UCUAAAGAUUUGACUAUGGGAGAAGGCAAUUUAACAACUUUACUGGAGGGUGCAUGCAGUCCGGUGUGUGAGGGCUGCCACCAGCCCAUUGGUGAGCGUUUCCUGCUGCGUGUGCAUGACUCUCUGUGGCACGAGCGCUGUGUGAAGUGCUCUACUUGUGCUGAGCCACUAAAGAGCACCUGCUUCCUGCGAGACUCCAAAAUCUACUGCAGACAAGAUUACCAACGACACUUCUCGGUUCGCUGUAGGGCUUGUUUGGAGGUUAUCUCCCCGGCAGAGCUGGUGAUGCGAGCGGCUGAUGCAGUUUUCCACCUGCACUGUUUCUGCUGCUCAGUGUGUGACUGCCGGCUGCAGAAAGGAGAUCGCUGUGUGCUGGUGGGAGACAAGCUGCUCUGUACACAACAUUACCAGUGCACACAGAGCAGUCCCACCACCACAGACUCAGGCCGGAGUGAGGAUGAGGAUGAUGGAGAGGAUGAACACAAUCUGAAGCUGACAGGAGAGAAAAAUCCCAACAGAGAUGAAGAACACAAGAGACCAAAGCGGCCACGCACCAUCCUCACCACACAGCAGAGACGAGCUUUCAAAGCCUCGUUUGAAGUCUCAUCCAAACCUUGCAGAAAAGUAAGGGAGACCUUGGCAGCCGAGACAGGCUUGAGUGUACGAGUUGUCCAGGUCUGGUUCCAGAACCAAAGAGCCAAGAUGAAGAAACUGGCCAGAAGACAGCAGCAGCAGCAGCAGCAGCAGUGCCAGUCCCCUCAGGAGCAGAAUGACAGCCAAACACACACAGCGCCCUCUGCUGGAGGAUUUUCAGCCGAGCUGGAGAGCCUGAGCUCGUAUUUAUCUGCAGCUCAACAGCAGGAAACCCACAGCUUUAAGAUGGACCUUAGACAAGGACUCACACCUCCUCAGAUGCCAGGAGAUCAUAUGAACCCAUAUGAUGCCUGGUACUCGGACAUGGACAGUGACCUACUUCACCCACACAGUCUGUCAUCUGGAGACACAUCUCUCCUGACACCCAUUGACCGACUAUAUUCCAUGCAGGACUCUUAUUUUGCCUCCUGUACCACCCAGUACCAUUGGAAUGUUCUGGGGCUGGGAGGAGGGACUAUGGUGAACCCUCGUGCUCCACAUCCCAGAAGCUCACAUUUCUUGAGGCUGAAAUCUGAACUUGAUAUGCAAGAGCUGGUCAAGAACAAUCUAACCGCCUGUCACCGAGCUCUUGUCCUGCCAAACCCUUUGACCUCGAGAGUCUCCCACUCAGAGAGCAAGGUGAAUGGGCAGAGGUCAGUCUGCGGACAACGAGCAGGCGACAACGGGCACUGUGCCUGGAGCCAGCGGGCUCUGGGCUGCAUGCCCACUCUAGGGCGAUGGAGUCUGCGGCGAAGAUGGAAGAAGCCGUGGGUGUGUGAGCGAUCUCACUGUGGGGAGCCACAGCAGGACUCACUCUUUAUCCUCCCUAGCAGAGAGACAGAGAGAGUGAGUGAGACAGCAAGGGUGAUACCCAGACAUUGA